GUCAGUCAUGGGAACUUUUCACGUCUUCCUGACCGGUGUUCUGUCCAUUUGUGUCUGUAUCGGGCCAGGCUUGGCUCAUGUGGCCCUAACCUACCCGCCUGCCCGGAAGUUCGCCCUGGACUUUCUAGACAAUGUGCGUACAAUUGGACCAUGUGGUAUGCCCAAAAGGAAUGGCCCUCGGACCACCUGGUUUGCUGGGCGGAGUUAUAACGUCACGUGGCACCUUGGAUAUCCACAUCAGGGAGGAUUUAACCUAGAACUACUUGACGAAUCGGAAGUGGGUCAAUUCUACAUGUUACGUCAGCUCACGGCAUCUACAUGGAUCUCGGGGGAUGCCACACGGCAGCAGUACACGGUGGACUUGCCGUCAGACUUCACCUGUAAUAACUGUACACUCCGGCUCAGACGACAAGCUUCAGAAUGGGGAGGACAGUACAUGUUUUGGUCAUGCGCAGACAUUGAUAUACUCCCAGCCUCUUCCUUUGCCCCAGAUUGCUCCGGCCACGGUACUUAUGAUUACCAGGCCGGGCAGUGUCAGUGUAACAAACUCUUUUCCGGUGACAGAUGUCAGAAUAAAGACAUCUGCUGGACAGAUACUGACUGUCUGGGCGGUGGUCGAUGUGUGGACAUAGAGGCCACUACCUCUCCCAGGCGAGUGUGCUACUGCUCUAUCGACCGCUUUGGGGAAACGUGUGAAUUUGAAUCCAGUGUGACAAGUCGUUUUCCCAAUCUGACGUCUUACACAAGGACGGAGUUUAGCUCGUCGUUCACCAUGUAUCACAAGCUACUGCUGGACCGCCUCCCUGUGGAAAUAGAGUUUGUUCUCAUGGCACGAACGGACUCCUGGGUCGGGCUUGGCCUCAGAGAAACCGGGAAAACAGCCGAUUGUCGAAGAUUCCCAGAACCUCGCUCCGUCCCUGGACUGCAAACCCAAGGUAAACCGGAACCAACAGGGGAACCCCAUGGUGAAGUGGAGCCAACAGCAGAACCCCAUGACGAUCCAACAGGAGAACCUAACAGUUUUCCUGAACCAACGGGAAAACCCCACAGUUAUCCUGAACCAACGGGAGAGCCCCUCAGCUAUCCGGAACCAACGGAAGAACCCCACAGCUAUCCGGAACCAACGGCAGAACCCCACAGUUAUCCAGAACCAACGGAAGAACCCCACAGCUAUCCGGAACCAACGGGAGAGCCCCACAAUUAUCCGGAACCAACGGGAGAGCCCCACAGUUAUCCGGAACCAACGGGAGAACCCCACAAUUAUCCGGAACCAACGGGAGAACCCCACAGUUAUCCGGAACCAACGGAAGAACCCCACAGCUAUCCGGAACCAACGGGAGAACCCCACAGUUAUCCGGAACCAACGGGAGAGCCCCACAAUUAUCCGGAACCAACGGGAGAACCCCACAGUUAUCCGGAACCAACGGGAGGACCCCACAGUUAUCCGGAACCAACGGGAGAACCCCACAGUUAUCCGGAACCAACGGGAGAACCCCACAGCGAACCGGAGGGUGAGCCAGAAGGAGAACCGGAGGGUGAGCCAGAAGGUGAACCGGAGGGUGAGCCAGAGGGAGAACCGGAGGGCGAGCCAGAGGGGGAACCGGAGGGUGAGCCAGAGGGGGAACCGGAGGGUGAGCCAACUGCAAACCUUCACGGGAUGGACUGUACGGACGUGGUUAUCGGCUCUGCCCGCGGAAUGAUGGGUCGGGUGGGGGACUAUUACACCCGGGACCGCUCCACACCACAGCCAGACAGCUUCUAUGGUUACACAGACAGCUUAACGGGAGCCACAGCCUUCGAGUCGAACGGAGAGACGAUUGUCAUCUUCCGCCGAAAGCUGGAAGCCAAUGAACCGACAGAUGCCGCCAUUACUGACUCGCCGAUGCACGUCACUUGGGCCAUGGGCCAGAGACAGGGAUCCUAUAUUCACAUACCCCCGUCUGGUUUGGAGGCUGGUAACCCGUCCAUUCCAGACUUUUACCGCCGGGACGAGCUGAAAUAUCACGGAGACAGGCCUCAGCGAGGCUUUGCUACAGUCAACUUCUUUGGUCAGGCCUCGCGUGAUUUCUGGAAGGGGUCAGCCGUUCUUAUGGGUCAAUUCGCCACGGAUUACAACCUUACAUGGUCAUUCUCCCCAGACGGUGUGUACGUCACAUUUGACUUAUCCGUUGCCCUAUACCUGCCAGAUCAGAUGUGGUUAGCGGUGGGAUUUUCCAGAGACAGAUCUAUGCCAAACAGUGACGUGAUCAUCGCUGUACAGACCAGCCAAGAUGGUGUCUAUCAGAUAACUGACAGGUGGGCUGAUGGGUACUACGAACCUGCCCGGGACACACAGAACGACGUAGAUCGAGUGUCACUCAGCCGGACUUUCGGCCUCACCAAAAUGAGUUUCCGGCGUAAAGCCCUAACUGGUGAUAAUGGCGACUUUCAGUUCACGACCGACAAUUGCCCGUACAUCUUCCUGGGCAUCGGGAGGGUGUUAACUGAUGGCAGGCUCUUGCGGCACCCGGUUAGACCCACAAUAUCUGAUCGUCAAAUCUGUAUUCGCCGAGUCAAGUCCAGCACAGACACGCCUGGUUCCAUCAGAAACAUGGUCAUAUAUCCAGGUUACAAUAUCGAUGGCAUCCCUGGUACCACGCUACCAGAAAUCAAGUGUUCAGCGCAGUGCAGUCACACGUGCGAAUACACAUGGACACGUGACAGUGACCGUGCCCUCGUCUCCCGGUCGCCUUUGCUCGACCUUGGCGUGUUGGAGAACAGCGAGGUGGGAUCGUACACGUGCACCGCAGCCAUGUCAGAUCUGGGCAUAUUUCAGACCAUAAGCAUUCAGGUCAAGUCAGUAAUAAGCGGAGCGGAUGUGACUGUAUCGAGAUUGACGACGUUGAUGACGUUGCUGAGUGUUCUCCUUGCUGUGGUGCUGCUAUAAGGGGAGACAACUUAUCAUCCAGAGACUAUAUUUGACUGAAAAGUACAUUAUACUGACAUGUAUUAUAAAUUCUU